AAACUUUCUAUAGAUCUAGAAUUAAGGAAGCCUUUAAAAAGUGAUAAUAAUGAGAGGAAAAGGAAGUAAAGGGAAGUCUCCCCCAACGAGAAGUUCUCCGCGGUCUGUAUCAGACAGAAGCUCUAGAUCCUUAUAUCAAUCUGUUCUUGAGAAAUCAAGUAGAAAUAAAUCUGAACUGGAAGCCCCCAGGAUACAGAAAUCCAAGCUGGAUAAAUCAAAGAGUAACAGUUCAAGCCUUGAGACUCCUCGGCUCAAUAACUCAGGAGUUGAAAGUAACAGUAGUCUGGAGAAUACAGAGCAAAAGAAAGGAAGAGCUAUGGCAGUUUGGUAUGAGUUUAAAGACAAGAUAACUCCAAGAACAGCUAUUUCAAAUUUUAUGACGGCUCUUGGAGAUGAAGCUGUUACCCCUUCAGAAGUUUUUAACUCGCAGAAACUUUCCCAGAAAACAAACCAGGAUCUUGGCGGAUCAUAUUCAUAUUUGCGGGGUGUAAGUGGUAUAAAUGCAUCUACAGUGAUCUCGGAUAUUUCUGCAUCAUCCCUCUCUUCCUCAUCCUCACGAGGUUCUCCAAACCCAGUCAGGAGUUCCAGGAGCUCAAGAUCAAGAUCACGGGUUUUGAACUCAGAUGAGAUGGAUCUGGAUAAAGAUAUUACAAGACCUAUCAAUAAGACAGCAGGAAACCUGACGGAUGCUGAUUUUGAUGCUGACACCACUAUGCUGCCUCCUGUCAGGGUUCCCAGGAAAAGGCGUAAGAAUGAUAACCGGCCCAAUCUAGAUUUUUCAGUACGGGUCCCCCGGAUAUCUGAUGGAACUAUUGAAUCUACAACUCUACUGCAGGAUUUAACCCCCUCCCCUGAAAUCAGAAUUACAAGAAGGAAUAAGAAUAUUCCAAUAAUUCCAGAUAUGACUGUUGCAUCUCCGGUGGGGAAGUUAAAUACAGAACAGCCUUCCCCCUCCCCUGUGAUUAGGCUGAAGAGAAAGAGGAAGAAUCAAAUGAUCGAACUCUCAGAUAUUCGAACCCCUGAGAACUCUAUGGUGAAGAAAUAUGAACCUAAGCAGGCAGACACCAACCUGGAGCCUCCUGCUCCACUUCAGUCAAACCAGACUGUAGGCGGAGAUUUAUCCAACCUUGAUCCUUCUCCAGUAAUAAAAGCAAGAACAAGAAGGAUUAAAGAACGUUCUAUGCACAUGUCUGCCAUGGAAGUAACUUUUGAGGACACUGCUGAGAUUUCUGCCACCGCCCAAGUAAACUCCAGUACAUCUUAUGGUGUCAAUAACAUUGCAGAAUCUUCAAAUCAGACAAAAGGUAGAUCAGAAGACAAUUCUGGACUGGAGCCCUCCCCAGAGAUUAAGCAAAUGAAAGGCAGGAAAAGAGAACGAUCAAUCCAUAAGUCGGCCAUGGAAAUGACAAUUACCAACAGCCAAGAUGUAUCUGAAGCCACAGGAGAAGCUGAAUAUUCUAAAACAUCAUUAAACCAGUCAAGCACUAAACAUUUCAAGCUUGCAAAUAAAUCUGCGAACAUGUCUGUCGAUAAAUCCGCUAUUAAAUCUGCAAAAAAAUCCACGGAUAAGUUGCUAUCUAACAGAUCAAUUGGAGAAAAUGGGUCCAUAGGAGUAUCCCCAAGUCCAGCGAUUCGCGUGAAAAAAUCCAGACUACGUGUAGAUCUAGUAAACCUAUCUGUGUCAGCUGUAGCUAGUCCUGGAGCAGAACCUAUCGAAAAUCUUGCCAGUAAUAAAACUAGUAAUGCAUCCACAGCUAAACAAGAUAUUACUCAGGUGCUGGAUGUAGAGUUAAGCACUGCAGCAGAUUCUAGUGAUGUAAAGAGGAGUCUACCUAGCCGGGUACGAAGGAUGGAGAAGAAGAAGAAGAUGUUGGAGGAUUUUGACCUCAGUAAUCUAUCCCAACAAUCCUUAGUUCAGAUUGGAUCUAUCUCUAUACCGUCCAUCUUGAAAAAUUCACUGGAUGAUGAAGAUGAUACAUUACUUCCGGAUGAAGAAGAAUCCCAACUAUCUAAUUCUACCCGGAAUAAAACUCAUCCCUCCCAACCCAUCCUUGAUGCAACGCUACCGUCCAUACAGGAAGACAUUCAGUCCGCUUUGAAAGAGAGAAACUACGCUUCUCUAGCUGAGAAUGUUUCUUCCAAUAAGGCCGACAAUGUUGACGAAAAGGUUUUGAAGUCUGCAGCUCUUAGCUUGAGGCGUAGUGGUGGUGCGCGUCUAGUUGAACAAGGGAAGAGUAGAGUUGAGGAACUAAUUUACAGUCCUAUCAUCAAUACACCUAGUCCUAGCAUCAGACAACUAGGUAUGAAGGAAAACAUUCCCGAGUUAGGAGAAGAGCUAGAGAACCAGGAGAUGGAAGAGGAGGAGGAGAAUGACAAGUUAGCGCUUUUAGAGGAGACUAAGGCUAAGCGCGGUGCACGUAAAUCUACUGUGAAUGGUCCGCUUGUGCGCGUACCUGAUCUUUCAAAUAUAGCAGAAGCUAUGGAGUCUCAGAGCCAUGUUCUUGAUCCCUCUAAAAGCUCUGGUUUGUUCCGGGUUCCCACACCCCCAGAUCAGGAUUCUUUGUUAAAGAAGUCUACUCGAAGUCCCCGUGAAACUGUAGGGAUGACAGAGUCCCCUGGAGUCCGAAGAUCACGAGAAAUUAUCUUAAGACGGGAGUCUAGGAAGAGUAUCUACCAGGCAGGACUAGAAGAGUAUCCUAGAGAACUAGAGAACACAAGAUCAUUUAGUCCUAAUGUAGAGUCUACUAGAAUAGGAAAUAUGACAGGACUGCUUGAUAUAUCUCCAGUCACCCCUGGAGUACAUGUAGAGCAGCGUAGGACUAGGGUUGGCGGUACUCCAGGUUCUGUUUAUAAAUCUGGAGGAAUGAAUACAAGUACUCCCAGGGAGGAUAUCUUAGCUGAAUCUGUUUCAAGCAGGACAAGGGAGUCCCUCGCUACCUCUCUCACUAGAAGUAGAACUCAGUCAAGUUUAAAGAGACAGAAGAGUAGCACAGAUACUCAGGCUGUAACCCCAACACAGAAAGAGGGAAAUUCUUCCAUUACUGUUUCUAGACAACGUGCUUUGAUGUCCAAGAGCUCCGGAGCGGAGAUGAUUUUACCCCAAACUCAAACUAUGAGGAACACAUCCUUAAACCCCGCCCUACCUUUCCAUAUGAGGCAGUUGGGCGGAGACUAUACUACUCCCGAGUUUAUAAGGCGGGCUAAACGUAUGUCAAGUAUGGGAGUACCUGCUGUACACAGUUUGUAUCAAUCAAGGAUAUAUAUGGAUAUGAUUGCAGAGGGAGGGACCCAGACUACCCCUACUAUUUGUACGCUGAAUGAGACGGAGGAGAAAAUUGAGCAGGUUCUUCUCAGAAACUUGUACAAAAUGUCAACAACAACAAGUGUACAGGUUACCCCUGGGUUAAAUCAUCCUGGACUGGUGAAGAUUAAGAAGACUGUUCACAGUGCUGGUAACUCACCUAUUGUCUGGAGCACUCAGACUUCACCAGCUUCAGGCCCUAAUAGCGGGAGUAAAAAUGCUACUCCUUUUCCUGGAAGUAGCAGUAGUGCUACACGAGUGUCUGGGGGAAAAAGUAGCAAACAGUCAUCUAACAUCCUAGAGACAACAAACCUUAACCUAGAGUCUCUUAGCUCAAGGGAACUAGAGAGUUUAGCGCUUUUAGCAGAAGAAGACAUUCAGGAGUUUAAAGAUCAGUACUGUAAGCUUGAAGAGUUGGAGAAGCAGAUGAUGAGGAAGAGGAUGGAGGAAAGCCAGGGGGUGGAUGGGUCGGUGGAGGAGAUGGUGGACAAGGAGAUACAGUUGGUCAGAAGACAGAAGGAGUUGAUCAGUGAUAUUCUUGCUACUGGUAAAAUUCCACUGAAUAGAUCCAACACUAGUAACAAUCCUAAUGGAAUAGAAGAAGAUGCAAGGUAUAACGAAGAUGGAGAAACUCCGAAAGAAGAUCAGAACAAAUCCGGAACCCUUAAUCUAACUAAAAAGCCUUUUGAACUUCAAGAUAGACAGAUGCCUGAGGUUAUGAAUGAUAUGGUGAACUUGUCAACUAAUGGUCUUCAGAUUCUCCCAGGGCACAGUUUAAACAACGAAGAGGAGGUGGAUCAAUUCUCAGAUAGAUCAUCAGAACUCGAGCACCAGAAUCAGGGAGAACUAGAGGAAGCAGACGAGGAAGUUGAUGCUGAUGAGAAGGAAGAUGAUCAUGACGCUAUUGAGGAAGAGGAAGAGGUCGAAGAAGAAGAAGAUCUUAAAGAUAGUUUUGCUGUGUCAGAAGGCGAAGAAGAAGGUGAGGAUGAACAGGAAGUAGAAGAUCAGGACAAAGAUCUAGAGGAAGCAGAUGAGGAAGUUGAUGCUGAAGAGAAGGAAGAUGAUCAUGACGCUAUUGAGGAAGAGGUCGAAGAAGAAAAAGAUCUUAACGAUAGUUCUGCUGUCUCAGAAGGCAAAGAAGAAGAUGAGUAUGAACAGGACAAAGAUCUUGAUGCUGAUAAUGACAUAAUUGAACCCCCAGAGCAAGCUCAGUCAGCUAACGAUGAUGAAGAGUAUUCUGCUGAAGAAAUUGUUGAUCACCAACAAGUAGGAAACAUAUCUCCAGACAUGAUUUAUGGUUCUCGGACACAAUUGCAGGAGGGAUCCAGGAGAAAUCUUUCCAGGAUUCUAGAUUCAGAGGAUAAUAGAGCUAAGAGUACGAAGGGGAACCGAGUAUUCCUGAUUGGGAGAGAAAAGAAGGAGAUGAGACAAGCUACUCUGGAAAGGUAUCUGGGUCCCUCAACUAGUAGGCAAAUUUUGACAGGUUUAACCUUCCUUAAUACUCCUGAACCUGCUCCUAAACCUGUUAAAUCUAAACCUACCAAGCCUAAACCUAAACCUGGAGUAAAAUCUAUCUAUCCUAUGCGGUUCCACAAGUUUGAGUUUCUAAAGCAUUCAAACCAUAAAAUGAAGAAGGAGGCUGAGGAGCCACUGAUGGAGGCUAGUGAGGCAUUUAACAAGAUGGUUCGAGUUCGUGCAUCCCAGCUGGCCAGAGAGAGAGGGGAUAAGGUUAUCCGACUCAGUGAUCUAAGACAGGUAAUGGGUGAGACAGGGUUGGUUAAACCACUCUCCGAGGAUCCAGAUAACACAUACCUCUACAGGGAUCUUAGGGAUCAACAUUGGGAUCGUUUCAAGGCGCUUAUACCCGUCCGUAAAGCUGGCAUUCUCACACCUGAUCCGUCUAUCUGGAUGCCCAUGAUUAUUGGAAAGAAAAGAAAACUUACCAAGAAGGUUUCAGCUUCUAGCAUAAAAAGAUUUAAGGUUAUGAGGAGUCUGGAUGAGGAUGAGAAUGAAGAUGAAGAUGAAGAUGAACCUGAAGAGGGUGGGGUUGAUACAGCUGCUGAUGUAGAAGAUGAUGAAGGUGAGAUGGAUGAUCUUGAACCUGAACCUGUCAAGCAAACCAAAUCUGUAAAUCGAAAGAAGUCCAACCCCAAGGAUUUGUCAGGAAAGAAAUCUUCAGCCGGAAAAAAGUCUGGAAAAGAAAAUGCAAUGAUUGCAUCCGAAAGAGAAUCAUCGUCGGGAAAAGUUGAAAAAGGGAAAACAUCGGAUAAGAAGGCAACAAACGUCAAGAAUUCUAACAAGCAAUCUUCUAGAAAAAAAUCCGAAGAAUCUGGAAAUAAAUCGGAAAAAGAAAAAGUAUCCGAUGUUGAAACCACGAGAAAACCCUCGGAUGAUCUAUCAAGUAAAAUCAAUAAACAGGAACUAACUGCUAAAUCUUUGAAGGGAAGGAAGGUUCGACAGAGGUAGGUGCAGUACGGUGCAGUACAGUACAGUAUUCUGUAACUGUAAAUCUGAACCACAGUUUUUAUUCAACCGCAACUUUGAGAUUUCAUUUCUAUUAUAAACAAUUUCAGUUCUAGAAUGCACUUAGUCAUUUUUAGUUUUAAAAUUCGCAUGGUAUUUUUAUGAACGAACAAAUAAAUUAUAUGUGACACUAUUA